AUGAAGAUUCUCCUUGGUCUGCUACUGGCUCCUCUGGCCAUAGCUUCCAGCGUCCUGCCGCGUCUGCCCGAGUCGUGCGACAACUCCAGUCUGCUGAAAGACCUGAAAGAGGGCGGCCCCGAUGAGUGCUGUUCUAUGUCGUACAAGCCCUCCUGCACCAUGAACCUCGAGCGAAUGUGGCACGUCAAGCUCUUUUACAAUCGCAAGGUAGGGAUGAGUGAGGAUGAGUUCAAUCAGCACUGGGCUUACGAACAUCCAAGAGUUGCCGGCACCCUUCAUCUCCAACAUGGCUACGUGAGAUAUUCGCAGUUCCAUUCUACCGAGAAGUACCGCAACGUUCCCGACACAGGUAUCAAGAUCAUGGAUUUCGAUGGCGCUGCCGAGUUCUGGGCGCACAAUCUUGAGUCGCUGCGUGAGAUGCAGUCGGAUCCGGAGUACAUCGCAAGGAUGUUCCCAGAUGAAGCGAAGUUCAUCGACCAGGCCAGCAUGCAGAUCCUGAUUGGUGUGGAUUUUGUGCACAUCGACAACGGAAAUUUUGUGCAGGACCACGCCAGGAAGUUCUGA